CGCAUUUGGAGCAUCACACGGGGACCUCAUAAAAGGGUCCAGCAAGGCGCAGUCGCACAGCCGCAGCCAACACCGACCACUACAGCCAAGCAACUGAAACAUUAUCACUAUUCACAUUCGGCGUGCCGCGCGCAACCCCCGUAACACCUUCGUACAGAUGUAUUCAUCGAGUUGUCGCCGUUCCAUUUAAACGGAAAAUCAAGGGCGACGGCGGCGGGAACGAACACCACCACCACCAGCAUCAGCAGCAGCAAAGUGCGGGUGACUUAAGCGAGCAGGAGAUUGCCGGCGACUUCCACGCUGCGUUCGGAUCGCGGGGUUCGGAACGGACGUUCUCGGCUGCUUGCGGAACGCGCCCUGCUGCAGCGGCUGCAAGUGCAGCUCUGUAGCAGCAGCAGCGGCAUCAGCAGCCUGCUGCUGUGUUGCAGCAACUCGAGAAAGAAUCAGGGACUCAUGGCAGUCGCAGACUCGUCUCUGCCGUCGUUCAACAACUUCUCGAGUCGGGAUAUCGGCGAUCGCUACCUCAGCAACAUGCUCACUCGCUGGAAGGUGGACAGCCCAGCUCCGGUCGAGCGCAAAGAGGACGACGACAUCGUGGACUUCAUCCUCGCCAACUCGCUCACUCCCAUCCCACCGCUCCCCCCAGCGCCGGGGGUAUCCUACCCAUUACCCGAUACCCCUGAGAGCUGCGGAGGAGGAGGAGGCGGUGGUGGCGGUGUAUUCUCGAGCUCCCAGCAUCAGUCAUCUCUGAGCGGCAUGAGCGGCAUCGCCGGCACCGCGUGCGGCGGCGGCGGGGGCUCGAGUCUGGUGGCUGAACUCUUCACGCCGGACCUGCCCUGCUCGUCACAGUUCCCCGGCUUCGCCGAUUUCCACGCCAAUUUUGCCAUCAAGAUGGAGCCGGGAACCCUCGACUUGAGCUCUUGGGAGUCCACCUCGACAGCGAGUGCCCAGCAGCAGCAAGCUCACCACCAUCACCACCACCACCAUCACCACCAGCAGCAGCCGCAGCAGCAGCAGCAAGCGCCGUCCUUUCGCGUCAAAGUGGAACGUAGGGAGACGGCAUGUUACCAGCAGAAGCCUUCUGCAUCUUCUUCGUCAUCAACCUCCUUUCACCUGGCUUCGACACAAUCCCUGCCGUCCCACCUUCCCGAUCAGCGCAGUGCACUGCCACAAUACCUGGUCGCUGGUCAGCAGCAGCAGCAACAUCAGCUGCACCUUCAGCAUCAUCAGCAGCAGCAGUAUCAGCAGUACACGCUUCAGAGCUGCAGCUACAGCGGGCGCUACCCUCCGCCCUACCACACGCACAUGCAGAGCGUGGCCGGACUCUUGCAACAGGUGACGUCCUCCGCGUCCACCGCGAACCCCUGCACGCCGCCCACAUCCCCCUCGCUGGGGGCUCGACCCGCGGGCUCUGCGGCGUCGGCGGUCGCCGCGGGGUCCGGCGAGGCCGACGCGAGGCCCCGCCGAGGGCGGAGGGCGCAAGGUGGGCGCAGGAGGUUGGCUUGCCACACGUGCGAGUUCCCGGGCUGCGGCAAGACUUACACCAAGAGCUCGCACCUCAAGGCUCACCUGAGGACACACACAGGCGAGAAGCCGUACCACUGCACGUGGGAAGGCUGCGGCUGGAAAUUUGCGCGCUCCGACGAACUGACCCGCCACUUCCGCAAGCACACGGGAUUUAGGCCCUUCCAGUGCCACCUGUGCGAGCGGGCCUUCUCUAGGUCGGACCACCUGGCCCUUCACAUGAAGCGCCACACGUGAGGAUGAAGGUCCCCCGCCCCGCCCGCCUGCCCUUUAAACUCACCCCCACUCCAUCCCCGUCUCUAUCCUCCCCCAUCCCGUCUUCCAUGGACGCUGCCUGAUUUAAGUUGUCACCACUGGACGAGUGAGACACCUUAAGACUUACGUUCUCAGUAAGAUUCGAUAUCUAUUAUAAAUAAUUUAGUGUAAGUGAAAUUUUUUUUGGACACGUUUGCAUUGCAAAAGAGAUUUUUUCAUCUCGAUGGGAAGUCUCUUCAAGUAAGGACUCCAUUGCCUUAUCGUAAUGUUUUGUUGUAUAUAAUGUUAAAAAAAAUUGUAAAUAUGAUAGUCGACUCUGCCAUCCGCUGUUGAGGUUCUUUUGUUGAAUUGGUUAAAUUCACAACACGCUUUGGGGGUUCUGAUUAGCUUAUCUGAUGUUCGUGUCCGGUGCUACUCCAAUACCCAUUGAGACACCAACGCAACGUCUUUAUUCAUACCGGUCCGGUGUUCGAUUUCGGGUUGUGCACCGCGUGUUGUUCGGGCACGAUGUCCAACGUUUCGCUUCAUCCAAGAAAUGAAUUCUCUUCGAGGACGCUGAACGACACACGUACGGGUACAUAUCCAAACACAGCAGAGUUCCACUAAGUGGCGGUGACGCUUGUGCCAUGCUAGGUGCACUUACACACAUACACACACACGGGGAGCCGUCAGAUCCAUGCAUGAAUAUGGCUCACGAUGGUUACUCGGGGUGCAACUGUGUGUCGAGCAUCCGAACGUAUCAGUUUUAACUACACCAUAUCACGCAGCGAUACGUGUCAAUAUGAAUGUCAUUUUCAUCCUGAUGGGUUCCAUUCACGCGAGCACUGCAGCCGCUAGAGGCCGCUAUAAUUCACCACGAUGUAAAAACAACAAGAACAAAAAUAUAUAAUCGAUGUUACGCAUAUCGAACAGCUGAACCGAAUCCGUAGGAUUCGUGGAAUCGCCGGCGAAUCGAAAGUUACACCUCGAGUGAGAACGUAUGUGCGGCGCUGAAGGCAGCGGGUCAAAUUCUUAUCACAGCAAGACGAGUCACUGCGGUGUUUAAAAAAACAAUGACAAUUCUCAUACGCCUUUUGAAUGCCCCCGUGCAUGUGCAUGCGCGCGCGUGUGUGUUUGUCUCGGUGUCCCAGUGUGACACGGUACGAGCGAGCAGUGUUUUGAGUAAUUGUAUACGAGACUUGACACACAAAAAAAACCGUGCCUUCUCCAAUAGUGUCCCAGCGGUUCACGGCCAUAGCAAUGCGGAGUUGGGGGGGUGGGGGGGAGGAGUGAGGAAUCGGCGAGUAUAAAUAUAUGUAGAGCACCAGCUAGGCGGAGCGCUGCUCUAGUUGUACGCAGCACACCACGUGGUCUGUUGCACAGGCAGCUCAUUCGGUCUCUUCUUAGUGCGUACAAUGAUGCUUUAACGCAGCAGCAGCAGCAGCAGCAUUGUACGUUUUGUUUCCAUGAGUGUCUGUGAUUCAUAUAUAUAUUUUUUUUUAUAAUGAAGGCGCUGGGAUGCUGGAAAAGAAAAAGAGAGUAAUAUGGAAAGACAUUUACUUGAAGUGUCGCGUGCACAGGGUAUGGUAUAUGGAGAGGUGUUGGUGGUGUUGCCACUUUGCGCACCGUUUUCGCAAUGAAGGGGGCGCUUCAUUUCAGCCGGAACUUGUCGCCCGGGGGAUUCAGUCCCCGGGAAAUAUUCACCCCCCCCCCCAAAAAAAAAAAC